AGCAAAGGUGAGGACACUUCAAACCGAGACUUGCGUCUUUUCUUAUUAAACCGUCUGUAUAAAGUCCGUUUGGCUCGCGCCUUCAGGCAAACGACAAAGUUGACUAAAGUUGGAUGUUCUCGGGCUUUACGCGGCAGGGUUUCGUGCGCUCUCACAGGUUAAUCUAUUGGAAAUAAACGCGCAGGAUCUUCUGGGUUUUUUGCUCAUUGAAAACACGCACGCAUCAUUUGCGAGCUGCUUUCGCUUCUCCGCGGUUGAAGAUUUCUGUAAGAAACAUUGAAGUCCGGAAUGGAAACGAGUCUUUGCGCAUUACGCGCGGCGAUCUGAGAGGUUUCCGCACCGCAGAAAACCCGCCACGAUACGAAUGAGCAACAGCACCUCCAGUCCCAUGACAGCCGGCUCCAGCGGCACGGCGGCCGGACGGGGAAGCGGAAGAGCCACCAGCUUCGUUCCGGAACUCCAGAGCAUGAUGUUUGCUCUGGGUGACGCGAGACGACCGCUGCACGAGACCGCCGCCCUAGUGGAAGAUAUCGUACACACACAGCUCAUCAAUCUGUUGCAUCAGGCAGCGGAUGUGACGCUCCUCAGAGGAGCUCGAGUCAUCUCACCAGAAGACAUCAUCUUCCUCAUGAGGAAAGACAAGAAAAAGUUAUGCAGGCUUCUGAAGUACAUGCAGUUCAGAGACUACAAAUCCAAAAUCCUCAAAACCAUCGACGACGAAGAACCGCUGGAAUCAGAGACCCCAAAACAAAAACUGAAUAAUGACAACGUCUCUCAUCCUUCUUCAGAGGUUUUCAAGUGAUGUGUGUUAUAGUAUGUGACUGUCAGUGUGAAGAUCUGAAAAGGUCAUCAGAAUGUGUAUUAACUCCGCCUCCAAACGUCUUAUAUUCAUCAUGUAUCAGUGACACAUUAAAGCUAUAGAAAGACACAGAAAUACACAAUAAAUGAUGUGUGUUAAUAGUGUCAAGGUUUAAAAGAGUGAUAAUUGUACUGUCUGAUUGACAGAAACCACGAGACCUGACUGAAGUGUCAUUCACAGACAGAAAGACAGACGUGACAUCACACACGCGUCUGUUUGAUUACUCUUAAUGCUUUUAUUCUGUUAUAUUGAAGCUCCAGGCCCACAACAGAAGAGUAAAGAGUGAGAGAGACGUGAAACUGUGUUUAAUAACAUAAUGAAUAACUGAACUCAUGAGAUUAUUCACAGGUUUUAACUGCUGAUGUGCGUGUUUAAGGUCACGUCACGUGUUGUGUAAAAAAUCAUUUCAGAGGUGGAGAAAUGUAAUGAUGAAAGAUUUUAAAAUCAGGUCAUGCUUAAUAACACUGUUAUAAAAUCUAUUCAUUUCACUCACAUUUGUGUUUCUGUCUCUCAAAUGUUGAGCGACGGGAUGUUUUUAAAGGGAUUCUUCACCCAAAAAUGACAAUUCUGUCAUCUUUCCUCACCUUCCAGUUGUUACAAAUCUGUAAAAAUGUCUUUGUUCUGAUGAACACAGAGAAAGAUAUUUGGAAGAAUGCGUAUAACAGGAAUCUCCCUUUAAAGGCUCUGUGGUCAUUUAAAUAUAUAUUAAAGGUUUUGAACAUCUUCCACACGUUUAGAGAAAUCAUUGUGUGUGUGUGUGUGUGUGUGUACUUGU